ACAGAAACCUUGUGUGAAGUUAUGUGCAAAUGAUUGCGAUGAAUAUAUUCCAUUAUCUGUUUUAUCUUAAUGAUGUUCUUCUAUCCAUUUUAAGAGCUUUUUCUUAUUCCUUUGAUCAUAUUCAACAACUCUUAAUGACUUUGACUCUGAUCCAACAUUUAAAGGGCUGGUUGGUGUCGAUACAUUGUGCAAACCCUCUUGUCCGGGUGUAUGCACAAGGCUCAACUUUCUGUCUUAGCCAUCUUCUCUCGUUACUCACAAGGUAGGUGAUGCUUCAUGGUAGAGCCGACAAAACAGUCCAAUAAAGUUUUAACAGGGUGAUAAAACCUGGAACACUGGUGCAAUCACAUUUGACAUUUCAAACGAUUUCUUUAUGAAUGGGCUUUUGAACAUUGACCCCAUAAAAACAUAAUGUUUUGGUUAAUUAUUGAAUUUACUUUUUCACUUAUUCUUCCCUCCCAAUGUGUUUUUGGUUCAACAGAGUGAGCAUAAAGAGGAGUGCAAGAAGCCAAUGCUGUCAUUGUCUCUGUUGGCACCUGGAUAGCAGACUGGGAUCAACUGGAGAACAAUCUUGAAAUUGAAUGAUUUAAUCUCCAAGAAGCUUUUUUCCAGUCUUCAACUUACAAGGGUUUUUUCCAACUCGAUUCUUCAGUAACACUUACUGACAAUGUCUGUUUUUAACUUGCCUCCUGCUUGCCUCCCCAAUGCGACAUUCUGCACAGGCACAUCGUGCCUUGUUCCUUCCAGUGACUUCAAUGAAAUAUUGAGCCUGAGCCUGAGCAUCGUGCUCACCCUCCUGCUUGCAAUGGUCAUGUUUGCCAUGGGCUGCACGGUGGAUUCCACAAAACUGUGGGGUCACAUCAAGAAACCCUGGGGUAUCAUCAUCGGCUUCCUCUGCCAGUUUGGCAUCAUGCCUUUCACGGCCUUUGCAUUGUCAAUGGCCUUUAAUGUGCUGCCUAUACAGGCUGUUGUCAUUAUUAUUAUGGGCUGCUGUCCCGGAGGCUCCAACUCAAAUAUUAUCUGCUACUGGCUGGAUGGAGACAUGGACCUAAGCAUCAGUAUGACAACCUGUUCCUCCAUACUGGCUUUGGGCAUGAUGCCUCUCUGUCUGCUCAUUUAUACCUCCAUUUGGACUGAUGUCAGCACCAUCCAGAUCCCAUAUGACAGUAUUGGUAUUACACUUGCGUCAAUUCUUAUCCCGAUUAGUCUGGGAAUGUACGUCAAACACAAGUGGCCCCACUUGGCAAAGAAAAUCCUCAAGAUAGGAGCCAUAUUUGGCAUUGCUCUCAUCAUCAUCGUAUCUGUUGUUGGUGGAAUCCUUUACCAGUCCUCCUGGAUUAUCUCGCCCUCUUUAUGGAUCAUCGGCACAGUCUACCCUUUCAUUGGCUUCGGUCUUGGCUUUGCCUUGGCUUGCUUUGUGGGUCAACCUUGGUACAGGUGUCGAACUAUCGCACUGGAGACGGGUAUGCAGAACGCCCAGUUAGCCAGCACGAUGGUCCAGCUGUCAUUCAGCUCUGCUGAGUUGGAGGUCAUGUUUGCAUUCCCACUCAUCUACAGCAUUUUCCAGCUGGUCAUGGCACUCUUGUGUAGCAGUCUACCAGGCAUACAAACGUGCACAAAGUCAAGGUUCAUCGGAGGCCAAUGGACAGUCUGGCGAUGUGGAGCCAGGAAAAGUAAAGGAACGUGUUAUGGAGAAUGGAGGCUUUCAGUUUGAUGAGAAUUUCAACACCGAGGGAACGUAUAAGAGCUUGGAUAAGAAUAUCCAGAUGUGAGGCAACAGCGCUGCAAAAAUACUGACUUUGUAAUGG